AUGACGAACCUGAUGCUGCAUCUGAGAGAAAAUAACGUGUUCGUGUUCGUUAUUGUUUAUCUGUCUUUCUUGCUGGACAAUGUGUUGCUCACUGUUGUUGUGCCGAUAAUUCCGGACUACCUAUUUUCCAACGUCCUGAAUGUAACAGUCAUAGAAGAGAGCAAUCGCCUGGGUCCUGCAUCGUUAAGUCCCCUUCAAAGAAAAUACGAAACAUUAGAAAAUGAAAACGGGCCCUUAGGAGCAUUGCUAGCUUCCAAGGCGUUUGUGCAGCUGGCUUUCACACCUUUGAUAGGUUAUCUGACGGGAGUAGUGGGAUGUAACAUCCCUUUACUCAUAGGAUCGUGCAAUAUGCUGCUGGCGGCUAUAUUGUUUGCUUAUGGAAACUCCUACAGACUCCUGGUUCUAGCAAGAGCACUUCACGGAAGUUCCUCAGCUGCUAUCGCAGUCAGCGGGAUGUGUAUCCUAGCGAAAAACCUGCCGAAAGAAUUAAGAGUCAAACUGAUGCCACUUUCCUUCGGCGGGAUCGCUUUAGGUGUACUUAUUGGUUAUCCACUAGGUGGUGCUGCCUACCAACUUUUUGGGAAGCCGGCCCCUUUUCUGUUUAUCGGGUUUUUUGUCAGUUUAAAUAUUGUCCUUCAAGUUCUUUAUUUGAAAGACGAUCAGGUCGAGGAAGGGUCGUCCACGAUCAAGGGAAACUAUACCGAAUGGGUUAGGCUUCUAAAAGAUAAACAGACCUUACUGGCAACCUUUGUCAUAUGUAUAUGCACUUCUUCCAUGGCUGUCUUAGAACCAUGUGUUCCCAUGUGGCUCUUGGCACACCUCAACCCCCCUCCGUCGCGUUGGCAACUGGGCGCGAUUUUCAUUCCGGAUAGUAUUGGAUAUUUUGUUGGAUCACAUUUUACAGGAUUGCUGCCGGUGCUUCCAUGGCGCAUAUCACUAAGCGCGAUGGUACUCACAGGCCUCAGCUGCUGCGCUUUGCCUCUCGUCAACAGCAUAUCUCAACUGGCGCUGCCCCAUUUCGGAGUUGGCUUAGGAGUGGGUGCGGUGGACGCAGCUCUGGUACCCCUGCUGGCCAACUUCGUGGACAGAAAAGGGAGCACUCAGUAUGGACCAGUGUAUGCCCUUCAGCAAGCGUCGGUUGCGGUCGCUUAUUCUUUUGGGCCUCUGUUAGGAGGUCAAGCCGUUCAUGUUUUUGGGUUUCCGUGGUUGAUGAGGAUUGUCGGGUUUUUGAAUCUGUUGAUUUGUCCCUUGUUGUUGGAGCUGGAUAAUGGGGAGGAGAAGAAGAUGCUUUUAUUAAAUCAAAGUACUUCAUAUUCUACCUUGGAUAGCACAAGUAUGGAUGAGCAAGAGGGGGAUAAUUUUUCUUCGUAG